CGCAGCGACCGCCGCUGGAGCCCAGGCCAGGUGGGCAGCUUUGGGCUGCAUGGCUGUUUAGAGAAUGAAGCCCAACCCCACCGGCUCCUUGCCAGCGCCCUGCAGAGCCAUGGGCCAGGGCGAGAAGGGCUGUCCUGUCUGCCAGGCUUGGGGAGUGGUUUCAGGUCCAGAGUCCGGUUUGGGGCGGGGGUCAGGGUCCGGGGCUGUUCUAGGAGAUGGACCAGGACCCAGUGCUCUUCUGGGGUCUGGGCAAGGAGCUGGUGCUGUUUGGGUACCCGGCACUGCUCUGGGACCUAAGUCAGGAGCUGCACCGAGCACUGGGUUGGAAGCUGAGUGGGGACCUAGGCUAGGAACUAAGGAAGCUGGGUCAAGACCUGGGUUGGGACCUAGGUCAGGAUCUGGGCUGGAAGCUCUGUCAGAAGCUGUGUCAGGACCUGCCUCAGGGGCUGGCUCAGGACCCCUGUCAGGAGCUCAGCCAUGGCCUAAGUUAGGAGCUGGGACAGAACCUGAAUCAGGACUUGGGUCAGGACUUGGGCCUGGAGCUGAGUCAGGAACUGGGUUGGGACCUCUGUUAGCAGCUGGGAGAGGAGCAGGGUCAGGACCCCAGUCAGGAGCUGGGACAGGAGCCAGGUCAGGACUCCAGUCAAGAGCUGUGCCAGGACCCCAGUCAGGAGCUGGGUCAGGACCCCAAUCAGGAGCUGGGUCAGGACCCCAAUCAGGAGCUGGGUCAGGAGCCGGGUCAGGAACCCAGUCAGUAGCUGGGUCAGGAUCUGUGCCAGGACCCCAGUCAGGAGCUGGGUCAGGACCCCAGUCAGGAGCUGGGUCAGGAGCCGGGUCAAGACCCCAGUCAGCAGCUGGGUCAGGACCCCAAUCAGGAGCUGGGUCAGGAGCCAGGUCAGGAACCCAGUCAGUAGCUGGGUCAGGAUCUGUGCCAGGACCCCAGUCAGGAGCUGGGUCAGGACCCCAAUCAGGAGCUGGGUCAGGAGCCGGGUCAGCACCCUGGUCAGGAGCUGGGUCAGGACCAUGGUCAGGUGCUGGGUCAGGAGCUGCACCAUUACUUCAAUCUGGGCCCAAACCCAGUGAAUCAGUGGCAACCACAGCACCAGUACUGCAGAAGAAGACUCAAGCCAGCCCCACGCAGGGCCCCCGACAGAAGGUUCUGGUGACGGGCGGAGGAGGCUACCUGGGCUUUAGCCUGGGUUCCAGCCUAGCCAAGAGCGGCGCUUCUGUCACCCUGCUUGAUCUCCGCAGACCCCAGUGGGAAGUGCCCCCAGGGACGCAGUUCAUCCAGGCUGAUGUGCGAGACGAAGGCGCCCUGUUCCGUGCCUUCGAGGGGGUGGACUGUGUCUUCCAUGUGGCCUCCUAUGGGAUGUCAGGUGCUGAAAAGCUACAAAAAGAGCAGAUUGAGUCUAUAAAUGUUGGAGGUACCAAGCUGGUGAUCAAUGUCUGUGUCCGUCGGAGAGUUCCAAGACUCGUCUACACCAGCACCGUGAACGUGGCAUUUGGAGGGAAGCCCAUUGAGGAGGGGGAUGAGGUCUCUGUGCCGUAUUUCCCACUGGAUGAGCACAUGGACCACUACUCCCGAACCAAAGCCAUUGCCGACCAGCUGACCCUCCUGGCCAACGGGACACCUCUCCCAGGAGGAGGAUCUCUUCGGACCUGUGUGCUGCGGCCCCCAGGGAUUUAUGGGCCUGAAGAGCAGAGGCACCUGCCCCGAGUGGCGAGCCACAUCAGGAGGAGGCUGUUCACGUUCCGAUUUGGGGACCGCAGGACGAGGAUGAACUGGGUCCACGUGCACAAUCUGGUGCAGGCGCAUGUGCUGGCGGCCGAGGGCCUCACCGCAUCCAAGGGCUACGUGGCCAGUGGGCAAGCGUACUACAUCAACGAUGGGGAGAGUGUCAACGUCUUCGAGUGGAUGGCCCCACUGUUUGAGAAGCUGGGAUACAGCCAGCCCUGGAUCCAGGUACCUACAUCCUGGGUUUACCUGACAGCCACGGUGAUGGAGUACCUGCAUCUGGCCCUGCGGCCCAUCUGCAACAUCCCGCCACUGCUCACCCGCAGCGAGGUGCACAGCGUGGCCGUGACGCACACCUUCCGCAUCGCCAAGGCCCGCGCCCAGCUGGGCUACGCGCCCGACCGGUUCAGCUUCGCCGACGCCGUGGAGCACUACGUGCAGUCGGCGACCCGGCAGCCCCGCGGCUCCACGGCGCGGACGCUCCUGCGGCUGCUGCUCGGCCUGCUGCUGCUGCUCGGCCUGCUCAGCCUGGGCCUGCACGUCCUAGGCCUGCAGCCCCUGCGGGCAGCCGUGCGGCGGCUCUGA